CAGAUGUUAUGCUAGCCAUGCAAGCUGGCGGUUCUGGUGAGUCCAUCAAUGAAUGAAGAAGUGUGUAACCUCACUGACAUCCAUAACAGACAUAAUCGAGCUCGGCAUCCCUUUCACAGACCCAUCUGCGGAUGGCAGCACAAUUCAAAAAUCAAACCGUCAAGCAUUAGAGAAUAAUGUCACGAUCCCUUCCAUGUUGAGAAUGGUUCGUGAAUCACGACAAAGGGGGUUAUAUAUUCCUGUGGUGUUCAUGGGAUACUAUAACCCCGUCAUGCACUAUGGCGAAGAAAGAAUGUUGCAACACUGCAAGGCUAGUGGAGUUAAUGGCUUCAUCAUGGUCGACCUGCCGCCUGAAGAGUCGUUACGGUUUCGAAGCCUUUGUAAAAAGGCUGGGUAAGUCUUUGUCCUCCUCCAACUUGGUACUAAGUCCUAACCAUUGCAGACUUUCAUACAUUCCAUUAAUCGCCCCUUGUACCACAGACAGCCGCAUGAAGUUUCUGUGUUCAAUCGCCGAUUCUUUCAUAUACGUUGUCUCCAAGAUGGGCGUCACUGGUGCAAGUGGAACCUUGAGUGCGGGACUCCCUGGCUUCCUCGAUCGUGUUCACAGAUACACCGACAGAUACCAAGUCCCUGCUGCAGUAGGGUUUGGAAUCAACACUCGUGAACAAUUUGUAUCCGUGUCCCGGCUUGCAGAGGGUGUGGUGAUUGGUAGCAAAAUUAUCUCUGUCUUAGGCGAUGCUCCUGCUGGUCAGGGGUCCCAGAAAGUCAAGGAAUACUGCACCUACAUCACCGACAGAAAUGUUCCCCAAAGCUAUUUCCAAUCCUUAAUAUCAGCAAAUGGAAGCAUGUCCGACGAUGACUCUGAUAGCAUGUCCGAUGACGACACCGAUAUCUUAGAGGGCUCCAGUCGAUCCAAUUGUUUCGGAGGCCAAUACAUCCCCGAAGUACUGAUAGAGUGUCUGAUGAAAUUGGAAGAGGGUUUCAAUAACGCAACAAAUGACCCCUCUUUCUGGGAAGAAUACAGGUCAUUCUACCCAUAUAUGAACCGUCCCUCCUGUCUUCAUGUCGCAACGCAACUGAGCAAAUACGUCGGUGGAGCCAAUAUCUGGCUGAAGCGCGAAGACCUCAACUACACUGGCAGCCACAGCAUCAACAAUGCACUUGGUCAGGUUCUGCUAGCCCGUCGAUUAGGAAAGACACAAAUCGUUGCUGAGACAGGCGAUGGCCAGCAUGGUGUGGCCACUGCCACGGUCUGCGCUAAAUUUGGUAUGAAGUGCACGGUUUUCAUGGGAGCAAAAGAUGCUCGCCGACAGGACUUUAAUGUCUCGCAAAUGAAAAUCCUCGGUGCUACUGUGAUUACCGUGGAUUCGGGAUCAGGGACCCUCCGUGACGCUACCAACCAAGCAAUGCAAUCCUUGGUCGGCGAUUUGGAAAACACAUACUAUGCCACUGGUGCUGCAAUCGGACCUCAUCCGCUUCCAGCCAUCGUCCGAACUUUCCAGUCCGUUAUUGGAAAUGAGACCAAGGAUGAAUUUCGCGCACAAAACGGCCGAUUACCCGAUGCAGUGGUGGCAUGCGUCGGAUCAGAUGCGACAGGCAUGUUCCAUCCGUUCAUUAGCAACAACGAUCCAGUCAAGAUGAUUGGAGUUGAGGCCGCAGGAGAGGGUCUGGAUACUGAACGCCAUUCGGCAGUUUUGAGCAAGGGGUCAAUUGGUGUCCUUAAUGGAUCUUGCACAUAUGUCCUGCAGGACUCGGAAGGCCAGAUUCAAGAUACCCAUUCUAUCGCCGCCGGUCUUGAUUAUCCGGCAGUAGGCCCUGAACUGGCAAGCUGGCACGAGAAUGGGCAGGCCACAUUCACAACAGCCACGGAUAAGGAGGCAUUAUAUGGUUUUAUGCUGUUGAGCCAAUUAGAAGGGAUCACACCAGCCUUGGAGACUGCACAUGCUGUCGCUGGUGUGAUUCGAGCAGCUAAGAAAUUAGGGAAAGGGAAGGAUGUGGUUCUUUGCUUAAGUGGGCGUGGGGAUAAAGAUAUUGAAACAGUAACGGCGCAUAUGGGUGCGGAAAUUGGGUGGUUUUAGUCUGAGAUACCAUUAUUAUACCUGUACCCUAGCUUGAUAUUUCCAGACUUGAAUUAUCCUUGGAUAAACGGAUGUAACUC